AUGACCGCCGCCGGCACCACCCGCGUCUGCCACAACCUCGACUACGCCACUAGCGGCGUGGUCGCUUGUGCAAAGUCCGAGGGCGCGGCGCGCGAAGUGCGGAAGCUGUACGCCGCCCUUGUUUUUGGCCAUCCGGCGUGGGAGGAGCGCAACAUCUCAGCGCGCAUCGCGGUGACGGCCCGCAAGUUCCGUCAGUCCGUCACGAAGGCUUCCUGGGGCAAGGCGCGGCAGUGCGGCCACGACGACGGCGACCGUCGCUGCGCGCGGAAGGCUCGGAAGGAAGCGUCGCUGCUGUGGCUGACGCCGCUCACGGGGCGGCGCCACCAGUUGCGGCUGCACAUGGCGCACAUCGGCCACCCCAUCGUCGGCGACGUCACGUACGGCGCCGACCGGCGCUCCUACCGCAUCCCCGCGUUUUGGCCGGGCGCAGUGGGUGAGCUGCUGGGCAGCGGCAGUCAAGGGGCGCUCAAGGGGAUCCGAGCCGCUGACAGAUGA